AUGGACGAAGACAUCCAAAGCAGUGUGCUGGAGCUGACGGGGGCCAACGUGUCCACCUCCUACAUCUCCUGCCCCGCCGACCCAUCAAAGGCACUGGGCAUUAAGCACCCCUUCCUGGUGCUCGUGGUCAAGAACCUGCACCAGUACUUCACCUUCGAGGUCCAGGUUCUGGACGACAAGAACGUGAAGCGCAGGUUCCGUGCCUCAAAUUACCAGUCCACCACCCGGCUCCAGCCCUUCAUCUGCACCAUGCCCAUGACCCUGGAUGACGACUGGAACCAGAUCCAGUUCAACCUGGCCGACUUUGUCAAGAGGGCAUACGGCACUAGCUAUGUGGAGACGCUGCGCCUCCAGAUCCACGCCAACUGCCGUUUGAGGCGCGUGUACUUUGCCGACAAGCUGUACCCCGAGUCGGAGUUGCCCGCCGACUUCAAGCUCUUCCUCCCUGUCCAACGGACGGCGACGCUCGCCUCGGGAGCCGGCCACCCCGUGGCAGAUCCCGCGCAGAUGGGCGGUGGCGCUGCGGUGGACGAGGCAUGGGACGCAGACCAAUCACCAAUGCCUCAAGAACCGUGA